GUGUUUUUUUAAAUGAGUCAUAAUAUGUUAUAAUAUAUUAAGAAAUAUUGAAUAGUUUAUAAUAGUGCACAAUAUAAAUGUUUUAUUUUAAAUUAGAGAUCUCGAGUAAAAGAUAUUUUGCAAAAUGCAAGUUAUGCAAUUUCCAUUGAAAAUUCUUACGGUGGUGGGAUGCCGGCCACCAAUUUCCUGGUCUUCACUAUACAAACGGAUGGUAUACAAUGUAUACACAAUUUUGAUAUUUUUACCAUUGUUUUCCUUUAUGUUGCCGCAAUUUAUGGAUAUUAUUUUAAAUGUUGAUAAUGCCGAUGAUUUUAUGGAUACCUUUUAUGUAUUGGUGGCAUUGCUCAUCGCUUGCUGUAAGAUGUUCAGUCUCUUAUUAAAUCGCAAGAACAUCGAGAUGUUAAUCGAAGCGUUGUUGGAGAAACCUUUUAGGCCUUUGGAACCAGAUGAAAUUGAAAUUCGAGAAAAAUAUAAUAAUAUUGUAUGGACUAAUUCUGUAUACUAUACGAUUAUGGUUCAGAUGACAUGCGGGUGCAUGAAUUUGACAUCGUUGUUAACGGACUUUCGGAGAGGAAAUUUAGCGUAUAGAGAGUGGAUACCCUAUGAGUGGUCUGACACAAUGUAUUAUUUAACGUACUUUCGCCAAUUAAUAGGACUGACAGUUGCAUCCAUCGUAAAUGUUGCUUGCGAUAUAUUAAUUUGUGGAUUUCUGAAGCAUAUUUAUUGCCAGAUCGAGAUUUUGGAGUGUCGGCUGAAGAAAUCCUUGCGCGAUCAAGGCGAUUUGGGUGAAUGUGUACGUCUGCACGAUCAUAUCUAUAAGUACGCACGAUCGAUGAAUGAAAAGUUCAGGUUUACAAUUGUUGUUCAAUUCACAGCGAGCAUGCUAGUGGUAUGUUCUAAUCUUUAUCGAUUGGCGCAAUCUUCGUUGAGCGCGAAAUACAUUCCACUGAUGUCGUACACAAUUUGUAUGUGUAUACAAAUUCUUAUUUAUUGUUGGCAUGGGAAUGAAGUUAAAUUAAAGAGCAUUCAAUUAUCUGACGAAAUUUUUGGGAUGGAUUGGGUAACAGCAAAUAAGAAAGCCAGAAAGGAUCUUAUACUAAUUAUGAAUCGUUCUUUGAUUCCUAUUGAAUUUUCGAGUGCACACAUUGUUACUAUGAAUCUAGAUUCUUUUGUGAAGUUGCUUAAGAUGUCGUAUUCGAUAUAUAAUAUACUUAAACAAACAAGGGAAGAAUGAUGAUAAUGCUAUUAAAGGAAGAAGAACAAAUAGUAUUUAAAACAUGGACAGUGCAUGUCAAGGGACGCGCGGGUUGAAUAAUUGUAAAAGCAUCUGCGAUGAUAAUCGUAGUGCAAUUGUAUAUCGCAUACAUUACGCAUAUAAAUAAAAAAAGCAUUAUUUAUCUGUA